AUGAAGCUCCUUUUCCCUCUCUUCGCCAGCCUCAUGCUACAGUACCAAGUGAGCACAGAGAUCCUCAGUUGGAGAAAAUGUUUGAUGGGCUUUGGGAAAUGCAAAGCCCAAUGUGAGUCGAAUGAAAGAGAGAUACAGAAAUGCAAGAGGAAAAAAUGCUGUGUUGAGCCCAAAGUGAUUCAAAUGAUCAAAGACUAUCUUCAAAAUGAAUUGUCUCAUUCAUUUGAAGAGGAAUCCCGAGGUCUGCUCCAUGCUGCCAAGAAUGGCGGAGUUGAGGGGAAAAGAUCUGUUGUAAGUCCCCUUUCCCAGAUCGGAAGCAUCCACUCUAUAAACUUCAUCACCCCAAAUUCCAGCAUGAUGGCCUUUUCUACCACCAACCCCGAGACCUCAGAACCGGAGAUAUACAUCGCUACUGCUAACAAGAGGGACUCCAAAACAAACAGAGACUCAGCCACAGGCUCCCAACCUCCAUCCCCGCCCCCGUAG